AUGUUAUUUGGUAUUAGGAGAUGGAUUACAACAGUACUUAUUUCCUAUUUAGAUAGGACGUUGGUAUCGAUGAAUGAAUCCAUCAAAGCAUUUAUACAAGAGGUCUGGCAAUUGGGAGUACAAUUGGCGAAUAUUAUAAUAGUUGGAUUCUUAGGAUUCUUUUAUCAACCUGGUUACCAAAGUUAUCUUGAACAAAGAAAUAGAAUAAAGAAAAAGGCAAAACAACAACAGCAGCAACAGCAACAGCAACAGCAACAACAACAAAAAAGAAAAUCAACGACAACAACAAUAUCAUCAACACCGACUAGUACUUUAGAUGAAAAGUUAUUGUUACAACAAAAGCAGCAACAGCAACAUCAACAGCAUCAACAACAACUUCAAUUACAACAAUUAAGACGACAGUUGAGUAACUCACCACUAUUCGGUGGAGUUAACCGACAGCCGCCAAACGAUAAACAUCCAACACCUUUUGUACAGCUUUUAAACGAUAAUUCCGAUUCGUCACCUGCGAUCUCAUCGUCAACUUCGAUGAACAAUAUCAUAGAUGAAUCGACCAAUUCAUCGGGAACGACAACACCCGGCACCACACCGAAUUUGAACAACCUUAACAGUAGCAACAGCAGCAUCCAAUACAAUAGUUUUAUAAAUCACAACAUAGGAUCACCUUUUAGAAAGAGUGCAAGUACUUCAUCGAUUAGAAAUAGUAGCAACCAAUCACCUAGAAGACCCAUGAUUGUUAGUAACAAUCCAUCAUCAUUAGAAACAACAACAACAACAACAACAUCUUCAACAACGAUAUCAUCAUCGCCAUCAACAUCAUCUGCAUUUUCACAGAAUCGACCAACCCGAAAGAAAAAGAAACGUGUAUACUAUGUAAAUAGAGAUUUAGUUCAUCAACACGAACAGAUUACCACUGGAUUCCUAGAGGAUUUGAAAACAAACAUUCUCCUACUCUUUGAUAAUCUAUUCUACUGGCUAAGAGUCAAAACAACUUCCAUACUCACAAUCAUUGCCAACAUAAAGAUUAGAUCUUUAAUACUAUUCUCAAUAACACUACCAUUUUAUUUACCUUAUUAUAUAUUUAAGCUAUUUACAUUACCAUUUACAGUUAUUAAACCACUUUUCAAUAUGUUUGUAAAUAGAAUAAAAAGAGUGAAGAACAUACCGAAUCGAUUGUUCUCUGAUAAGGAAUUGGAUGUGAGAAGUGUAAAAGAGAUUAUAGAACAGGCUGGAUAUCCAUAUGAAAGAUAUCAUGUAACGACGGAAGAUGGAUACAUUCUAUUGUUGGAGAGAAUACCAAAUAAGCAAUCAAAGCAUACUCUCUACUUGCAGCAUGGUAUUUUCGAUAAUAGCUUUGCGUGGGUUGCCAAUGGCCCAACACAAUCGUUGGCAUUCGCCGCUCAUGAUCAAGGCUAUGACGUAUUCCUUGCGAAUCUACGUGGAAACGGCGAGCGUCUUCACACUGAAACCAACAUCUCCUCUAAACAAUACUGGGAUUUCUCAAUCAAUGAACAUGCAUUCCGUGAUAUUCCCUCGUUCAUUCAAGUGAUUAGACAAGUCAAGACUAAAGAGUUGUCGGCGUUGAAUCAUGAUUUGGUAUCGCCUGACGACAUCAACAUUAGUGCAGUUGCGCACAGCAUGGGAGCAGCAUGCAUACUGAUGUAUAUUGUGAUGAUGGGAAUCCUAAAGAAGAGUCAUCAUUUGAGUCGUGCUAUUCUCCUAUCGCCUGCAGGUUACCACGAGACUGCACCAAAGAUCUGUGAUAUUCUUGGACCGAUCAUCAAUGCUUGGCUCUACUUCUUCCCAAUGGAUGUAUUCAGCUUCCCUAGCGAUACUAUCAGAGUAAUCAUUGCCAAAAUCUAUCAUGAUGUCAUCAGCAAUACACCCACCAAAGACUUGAUGGUCUAUCUUGUCUCACGAUUCCUUCUGGGUGGCGAUACCAAGAAUCAUCCACUAGAGAAAAUUCACAAUCUGGCAUACAACACAUUCUCUGGCACCUCUGUCAAGAUCUACAGACACUUCUGGCAGAAUAGAAGAGCUCGCAAGUUCCAAGCAUACGACUAUGGAAAAGAAAGAAAUCUAAUUGAAUACGGUACACCAGAACCCUUAAAUUUUUUAGAUCAUUAUAACCUUAUUAAUAUACCAGUUCAUUUCAUAAUGGGAUUAAAAGAUAAUUUAAUAGAGCCAGUUAAUAUCAUUAAACAUUAUACAACAUUGAAAAAGUCACAUCCACAACAUGCAUUUUUGAAAGCAAGCAAGAGUGGACACAUAGAGUUUACUCUGGGAUUGGACGAUCAAAUUAUAAAUUAUAUCAUGAAUAUAUUGGGUGACCCUGUUAAAUCUGCGAAUACAUCUUUAUCAAUAUCAACAAUACCAACAACGACAACCUAUGUUGGUUCAAAGAAAUAA